UCAGAACGACGCCCAACUGCUCCCAGGGACACGUCAAUGCGGCGCGGGAACCUGACGCUGUUGACGCUCGUGUCUACGAUCGGCGGCUUCUUGUUUGGCUAUGACACGGGUGUCAUCUCUGGUGCGCUUCUCUAUCUGCAGCAGGAAUUCCAAUUGACGGCGUUUGAAUGUGAGCUCGUUGUGUCUGCGACCGUGUUUGGUGCUAUCGCCGGCGCCAUUGCCGGCAGUUGUGCCAAUGAAGUGGUCGGUCGACGAAAAGUCAUCCUGUUGUCAGCGAUGCUCUUUGCCGUUGGUGCACUUUGCAUGGGAUUCGCGCGGUCCGUGCAGGAGCUUGUCGUCGGUCGGCUGUUAGUUGGGCUUGGCCUCGGUCUCUCUUCCAUGACAGUGCCCCUAUACAUUGCUGAAGUCUCACCGCCAGAUAUGCGCGGCACGCUGGUGUCCCUCAACACUCUUCUGGUCACGGGUGGCCAAUUCUUCGCCACGGUCUUUGCCGCCAUUCUGAGCAGUUCUCCGUGGGGGUGGCGCUACAUGCUCGGACUUGCUUCACUUCCUGCGAUUUUGCAGUUCCUCGGGUUCCUCUUCCUUCCUGAGUCCCCUCGAUGGCUCGUGCAGCAUGGGCAGCUGGCCGCCGCGACAGACGCUCUCGCGUCGAUUCGCGGCGAGAAGGACUUUUCGGACGAACUCAAAAGUAUGGAAAUUGAGGUGACUACUCGAGAAGGCAGCGCCUCCGUUGGCAUCAUGACUGCUUUACAGUCUCCGCCCGUCCGUCGCGCAGUCGUCUUGGGCUGCGUCCUGCAGAUGCUGCAGCAGUUUUGCGGGAUCAACACCGUCAUGUAUUAUGGCGUGACUAUCAUUCGAAUGGCCGGCUUCACCGACAACCACGUAGCGAUUUGGCUCGGGGCCGUCGUCGCCCUGAGUAACUUUCUCUUUACGUUUGUCGGCAUCUACCUCGUUGAUCGCAUGGGUAGACGAAUACUCACGUUGUCCAGCCUCGUCGGUGUCAUUGUGAUGCUCAUCGUGCUUGGGGCUGGGUUCCUCUUUGCCGAAACCGAAUCUCUGCCGGUGCAUGGUGGCAUCGGCGACUGUGCCAAGUUCACAACGUGCUUUGAUUGUGUCGCCAGCACGAGAUGCGGGUUUUGCCCGGCGAUGGCGUUCGAGCCAUCCGUUGUGUCAACGUCCACAACGAUUCCAACCAGUGGCAUGUGCUACCCAGGCACGGCGGCAGGACCUACUCAUACUGCAUGCUCGUCCGGGUGGGCGUUCGAUGUGUGCCCCAAUGCAUCGCAUUCCCCCGGCUAUGUCAUCUUGGUGUCGUUGUUCGCGUACCUGGCGUGCUUUGCGACUGGAAUGGGCCCAAUGCCGUGGACGAUCAACGCCGAGAUCUACCCGCUGUCCGUCCGCAGUGCCGCGAUCAGCAUUGCGACGGCCGUCAACUGGGUCUCCAACUUGAUUGUGUCGAUGACGUUUUUGAGUUUGAUUCAAGCCACGUCGACAUACGUCACGUUUUGGCUGUACAGUGCGAUCGCGCUCGCCGGGUUUGGGUUUUUGGUGCUCCAUUUGCCCGAAACCAAAGGGUUGACCCUCGAAGAAAUCAACGGCGUGUUCCAGUGCCCGCGAGGACGCGGCGCCACGUAUGAGCCGGUCGCGAUGGCCCCGUCUAGUUCACGGUCGUCGUCGACAGAUUGAAAGCAUCCAUUUUCAUUUAGACAGCGUGAUGCAUUCACGCUGUCCGUGUUCGACAUGAAGCGCGAUCAGCUCGUCUUCUUGGCCGACGGAGGCGUCGCCUUGCUUCCCAUGCUACAC